UAGAAAACUAAAGACCACCCAGCAUGACCAAAAUCCGAGUUGAGAAUCUGUAGUAAGCCGAUCCGCAAAUGCUUGGAGAGAAACUCCUCACGGAGAAGCCUCAGGUGCAUUUUUCCGGGAGCUUUUAAGGCUUUUAACCACAGAAAAACGACAUCCCGGUUGGCAAUUGCAAGGAAAAGUAAAACAAGCAGUUUAACUGAAGCCAAAAGCAUGCAGUUAGCUGGCGCAUUUCAACCCCAAAUUUCUAGAACAGGGUUGGAUAAUUUCCCACAGUAGAAAAGGGAUGAGCGUGUCAAUUUCAGGUUACCACAGAGAAACCUUUGCCCUGUCACUCCGGGACAGCCAGGGCGCUAUAGUUCCAAAAGGCAAAACUUGUAUAUUCAGCGCCGAGAACGUUAAGAUAAAAGCAAUCAAGGGCUUUCAGAUUCAUAGCUGAGGAAAAGUUUGCACUUUGCCAAUUCCGUGCCUGGAAAUCCAAAAUCCUGAAAGUGCAGUACCAUCGGGCGCGCACCACUUAGUGACAGAUGGCAGGGCCUAUCACUGGGAAGCGUUGCUUUCGGGACCGGAAGUGAGCCCAAGAAGGCGGAAUUGCUGUGCGUUAUAACAGAGGCUUCCGGUAGUGAGAAGUCGUGACUGGUCGAAUCUGAAGGAGGGGCGGGACCCGGGCAAUUCAAAAGAGAGAAGCGGGUCCCGAAGAAGGGAGGCGUAUGGACGCUGGGGCUAAGGCCAGGCCGAGGCGGCGGGAGAUGGCGGCGGCCACUUCAGGAGCUGGUCGCUGCCUAAGCAAGGGAGGGUCUAGCCGGCGCCCACCUCCAGCUCGAGUAAGGGUGGCUGUACGACUGCGACCAUUUAUGGAUGAAGAAACAAAAGCAAGCGAACCCUCCUGUGUACGAGGCAUAGACAGCUGCUCUCUUGAGGUGGCCAACUGGAAGAAAUACCAGGAGACACUCAAAUAUCAGUUCGAUGCCUUCUAUGGGGAGAAGAGCACUCAGCAGGACAUCUAUGUUGGCUCAGUACAGCCUAUCCUAAGGCACUUGCUGGAAGGGCAGAAUGCCAGUGUGCUUGCCUAUGGGCCUACUGGGGCAGGGAAGACACACACAAUGCUGGGCAGCCCAGAACAACCUGGAGUAAUUCCCAGGGCUCUCAUGGACCUCCUGCAGCUCACAAGGGAAGAAAGUGCAGAGGGCCGGCCAUGGGACCUUUCCGUCACUAUGUCCUAUUUAGAGAUCUACCAGGAGAAGGUAUUAGACCUCCUGGAUCCUGCGUCAGGAGACCUAGUGAUCCGAGAGGACUGUCGAGGGAACAUCCUGAUUCCCGGCCUCACACAGAAGCCAAUCGCUAGCUUCUCUGACUUCGAGCAGCACUUCCUGCCAGCCAGUAGAAAUCGCUCUGUGGGAGCCACCCGGCUCAACCAGCGCUCUUCCCGCAGUCAUGCGGUACUCCUGGUCAAGGUGGAUCAGCGGGAACGUUUGGCUCCAUUUCGCCAGCGGGAAGGAAAACUCUAUCUUAUUGAUUUGGCUGGUUCAGAGGACAACCGUCGCACAGGCAACCAGGGCAUUCGGCUAAAAGAGAGUGGAGCCAUCAACUCCUCCCUCUUUGUACUAGGCAAAGUGGUGGAUGCAUUAAGUCAGGGUCUCCCUCGUAUACCAUACCGGGACAGCAAGCUCACUCGCUUAUUGCAGGACUCUCUGGGCGGCUCAGCUCAUAGCAUCAUCAUUGCCAACAUUGCUCCUGAAAGACGUUUCUACCAGGAUACAAUCUCAGCGUUAAACUUCACCGCUAGGUCCAAGGAAGUGAUUAACCGGCCUUUCACCAAUGAGAGUCUACAGCCUCAUGCUUUGGCACCUGUUAAGCCGUCUCAGAAAGAACUGCCAGGCCCAUCAGAAGCAAAGAAAGCCAAAGGCCCUGAACAAGAAUCAACUGGGAGCCCUGCGUCUGUAACAGCUCCAGCCCCUGCCUCCGAGAAACUGAGCCUCUUAGGGAAGCUAUGCAGUAUGGACCCAGCCACGAUGGAGAGCCUCCUGAGCUUGGAUCGUUUGCUGGGCUCCCAGGGGAGCCACGGGACACCUCUGCUGAACACUCCAAAGCGAGAGCGGAUGGCGCUCAUUAAGACAGUGGAGGAGAAGAACCUGGAGAUUGAGAGGCUUAAGAUGAAGCAAAAGGAACUGGAGGCCAAGGUGCUAGCCCAGGAAGCGCAAGAUCCAAAGGAUAAAGAGAACAGUCCGACAGUUCUCCAGCCCCUUCCCUCUUGUACAGACACAGUGGCGAAGCCCCUGAGAAAGGCUGUGGUGAUGCCCCUGCAACUGGUUCAGAAACAGGCAGAGUCAAAGAUCCAUAUUCUGAAGAGAGGCCACAAAAGAAAGCUAGAGCCAUCAAUUGCGUCCAAGCCUGUGGAAAAGGCUGAGGACUGCUGGGAGCUACAGAUUAGCCCAGAGUUACUGGCACAUGGGCGCAAAAAAUUAUUGGAUCUGCUGAAUGAAGGCUCAGUUCGGGAUCUGCGCAGCCUGCAUCUCAUUGGCCAGAAGAAGGCCCAACUCAUCAUGGGCUGGAGGGAGCUCCAUGGCCCCUUCAGCAAGGUGGAGGACUUGGAACAGGUGGAAGGCAUCUCUGGAAAGCAGGUGGAGUCUUUCCUGAAGGCGAACCUCUUGGGCUUGGCUGCGGGCCAGAACUGUGAUCCCUCCUGACUACCAGCUCUUCACACUCCCUUUUCCUUUUAAAACCCUUGUAUAAUGAUGUAUUUAUUGUAAAUACAAUUUUUGUUCCAUGCUUGAGCCUGGUUUUUAGGGAUGGCAGGGCUGGGGUGGGAGCCACAAUUGGCCUUGGGAUCAGGAUCACGCUCUGCGGGGAUACUUAUCUGGGCGCCAUCUUUGGGAAAUCCCGAACUAGUCCAAGAUUGUAAAUAAACCACUGGAAUUGGAAGGGGACGGUGGCCUAGAUGAAUCAAAAAGCUGAACCGAAAGCCGAAGAACAACGACCGUUAGGCGGGCACGCGCUUCUAGCUUAGCCCCGCCCCACUGUAACUCCCUGGGCGCGCUCCCCAUCUGCUCAGGACGACGUCGGUGUUGUGUGCGCGUGCGCGCGGAAUAACGGCUGCUGGCGGAGGGAAGUGGGGGGUGGAAUCGUUGAAGUGGGGGGAAGAGAAGCCGCCUAGUCUCCCGCGCGCCCACCACCUGCACCAUCGCCAACCAAUCAGCAGCCGUCUCGAGGGUCUCGCGCUCGGGGCGACUCGGGCUGCUGGGUGGCUCCCCCGUCCCUCCUCCCUCCAGAGUCCCUCCCGUGCCUCCCCCUCCCGCUGGCCCCGCGCGCACCCGCGCUCGCGCCCGCUCCAGCCUCUUGUGUGUCCUCGCGCCCCCCGCCCGC